AUGGGGCCUACACUGUGCCAGCACGGGGCCAACACGGGGUCCUACACGGGGCCUACACGGGGCCUACACUCGGCGGGCAGUGCGGCGGCGGCGUGUGAUUGUGGCGAGUGCGGUGAGUGCGGUGCCGUGGGGGCGUCACUCGAGGCGGUGCUGGAGCGGUGGGGGAACACGGCCUCCAAGAUGCCAUGCACCACGACGCUGGACGCCUAUGGCAAGCCACUCGGCACGCUCACUUACGGCAAGCUGUGGAGCCGGAGCGUGAAGGUGGCCUUCCACUGCUCCACAAACUCAGCGGCAAGCCGUGACAGCGGUCUCAAGCCGGGACACAGGGUGGCGCUGGUCUACCCCAACAGCGACGCCACCGCGUUCGUCACCGCAUUCUACGGCUGCCUCCUGGCCCAGCUCACGCCGGUGCCCGUCGAGGUGCCGCUCUCCCGCAAGGAUUCGGCGAGCCAGCAGAUCGGCUUCCUGCUGGGCACAUGUGGCGUGGCCGUGGCGCUCACGAGCGACGCGUGCCACCGCGGCCUUCCCAAGGGCCCCACCGGUGACAUCGUGCAGUUCAAAGGCUGGCCCAAGGUGCAGUGGUUCGUCACCGACUCGCGGAACCUCUCGAAGCCGCCCAAGGACUGGAGGCCUCACGUCCACGAGGCCGACGGCCAGCACGGCAAUGAUCGAUACAAGACGGGCAGGGAGGGCAGCGUGGUGGGCGUCACGGUGACGCGCCGCGCCGCGCUGGAGCACUGCCGCGCCCUGCGCCAGGCCUGCGCCUACAUCGAAGGGGAAACCAUGGUGAAUGUCCUCGACUUCAAAAAGGACGUGGGUCUCUGGCACGGGAUUCUGGCGGGAGUGUUUUGCAUGCUGCACGUGGUGUGCGUCCCCUACGCCCUCAUGAAGGUCAACCCCGUGUCCUGGCUGCAGAAGGUGUUCGCUUACAAAGCGAGCGUGGCGUGUGUGAAGUCGCGCGACCUGCACUGGGCCAUGGUGGGCUUCCAGGAGCAGAAGGACGUGGAGCUCGGCUCGCUGCGCUCGCUGCUCGUCGCUGACGCUGCCAACCCCUGGUCGCUGUCGUCCUGCGACGCCUUCGUGUCGACGUUCCGGUGCCGGGGCCUGCGCCCCGAGGCCGUGCAGCCCUGCGCCUACUCAGCAGAGGGGCUCACCGUCGCCAUCCGGCGGCGGGCGAGGAGCCGGGCGGGACCCCGGACGGUGGUGAGCGUGGUGAGGACGGACGCACCGGCGCUCUGCCGGGAGGACGAGCUGGGGGAACUCUGCGUGAGCUCCGGCGGCACCGCCUCCGGCUACUUUGCCCUGCCCGGCAUCACCAAGGCCUGCUUUGAGCUCUCACCGCUCAGCGAGUCGGGCGUGCCGGUGGACGCAGAGUUCCCGUUCGUGCGUACCGGACUCCUGGGCUUCGUGUCGCCCGCCGGUAUGGUGAGCGUGGUGAGCCGUGUGGACGGCUCCAUGUUGGUGAGUGGCCGGCGCCACAGCUCGGACGACGUCGUGGCCACCGUGCUUGCUGUGGAGCCCGGCAAGUUCGUCUUCCGGGGGAGGAUCUCAGUGUUCUCCGUCACCGUUCUGCAUGACGAGCGGAUCGUGGUGGUGGCUGAGCAGCGCCCGGACGCAUCGGAGGACGACAGCUUCCAGUGGAUGACUCGGGUUCUGCAGGCCGUGGACGGGGUGCACCAGGUGGGCGUCUACUGCAUGGCGCUGCUGCCCGCCAACUCCCUGCCCAAGACGCCGCUGGGCGGCAUCCACCUGUCGGAGGUGCGCCAGCGCUUCCUGGAGGGGACCCUGCACCCCUGCAACGUGCUCGUGUGCCCGCACACCUGCGUCACCAACCUGCCCAAGCCGCGGCAGAAGCAGCCAGUGGAUGUGGGCCCGGCCUCCGUGAUGGUCGGGAGUCUGGUGGCCGGGAAGAGAAUCGCGCAGGCGAGCGGCCGCGACCUGGGCCCCUGCGACGACGACCCCACCAAGAAGAGUCUCUACCUCUCCGAGGUGCUGCAGUGGAGAGCCGUCACCACUCCAGACCACGUCAUCUUCAUCCUGCUCAACGCCAAGGGCGCGGUGGCCAGCUCCGUGAGCUGCCUGCAGCUCCACCGGCGCGCCGAGAGGGUGGCGGUGGCGCUGCUGGAGAGGGCGCGGGUGAACCCCGGCGACCACGUGGCGCUCCUCUACGCGCCAGGGAUCGAGCUGAUCGCGUCAUUCUACGGCUGCCUGUACGUGGGCUGCGUCCCCGUCACGGUGCGGCCCCCACAGCCGCAGCACGUCGCCACGACGCUACCCACCGCCAGGAUGGUCGUCGAGGUGAGCAAGUCGGCCUGCGUCCUGACGUCGCAGGCCGUGGUGAAGCUGCUGCGCUCCAAGGACGCGGGGCCCGCGGUGGACGCCAGAGCCUGGCCGCUCAUCAUUGACACAGACGACCUGCCCAAGCGGAGGCCCACGCAGCUCUACUCGCCCUGCGAGCCCGACGCACUCUGCUACCUCGACUACAGCGUCUCCACCAGCGGCACGCUCGCGGGGGUCAAGAUGCCGCACGGUGCGGUGGGUGCGCUGUGCCGCUCCAUCAAGCUGCAGUGCGAGCUGUACCCGUCGCGCGAGGUCGCCCUCUGCCUCGACCCCUACUGCGGCAUGGGCUUCGUGCUCUGGUGUCUCAGCAGCGUGUACUCGGGCCACCAGUCGAUCCUCAUCCCGCCGUCGGAGCUGGAGCUGAACGUGUCCCUGUGGCUGUCUGCCGUGAGCCAGUACCGCGUGCGGGACACCUUCUGCUCCUACUCCGCCAUGGAGCUGUGCACACGCGGCCUCGGGACCCAGACCGACGUGCUCAAGGCACGUGGCGUGGACCUGUCCCGGGUGCGCACGUGCGUGGUGGUGGCGGAGGAGCGUCCGCGCGCCGCCCUGACGCUCUCCUUCUCCAAGCUCUUCCGCCACCUGGGCCUGCACGCCCGCGCCGUCACCACCGCCUUCGGCUGCCGCGUCAGCCCCGCCGUGUGCCUGCAGCCUCACAGGCUCGGGAAGACGUCAGAGCAGCAGACUACGGCAGGGCCCGACCCCACCACGGUGUACGUGGACACGAGGGCACUGUGGCACGACCGGGUUCGGAUCGUGGAGAGGGGAGCUCCUCACAGUGUUGCACUGAUGGAGUCAGGCAAGAUCCUGCCGGGCGUGCGGGUCAUCAUCGUGAGUCCCGAGCACCGGGGUCCCCUCGGGGACUCCCACCUCGGGGAGAUCUGGGUGAGCAGCCCGCACAGCGCCAGCGGCUACUUCUCGGUACACGGCGACGACGCUCGCUGCUCCGAGCACUUCGGAGCGCGGCUCAGCUUCGGCGACACACACACGGCGUGGGCACGCACCGGCUACCUGGGCUUCCUGCGGCGCACGGAGCUCACCGACGCCAGUGGCGAGCGCCACGAUGCGCUGUACGUGGUGGGCGCGCUGGAGGAGGCGAUGGAGCUCAAGGGGCUGCGCUACCACCCCAUCGACAUCGAGUCGUCCAUUCUGCGCGCCCACCGCAACAUCGCCGAAUGCGCCGUGUUCGAGUGGACCGACCUCCUCGUCGUGGUGCUGGAGCUCCAGGGCUCCGAGCAGGAGGCCCUCGACCUCGUCGCCCUCGUCACGGCCACGGCCCUCGAGGAGCAUCACCUCCUGGUUGGCGUCGUGGUGGUGGUGGACGUGGGCGUCAUACCCAUCAACUCGCGCGGGGAGAAGCAGCGCUUGCACCUGCGUGACGGAUUCUUCGCGGACAAACUCGACCCCAUCUACGUGGCCUACAACAUGUGACGACGGCACGCGUGGCGACGUGUGGACGAGCCCUGACCAUGCGUAGCGUGACGGCAAGCGUGUUGGUUGACGUCACGAGACGUGGUAGCGUUUGAUGGCACGUGACGGCAACGCGUGGCACGUGACGGCAACGUGUGGCACGUGACGGCAACGCCUGGCACGUGACGGCACCGCGUGGCACGUGACGGCAACGCUUGGCACGUGACGGCAACGCGUGGCACGUGACGGCAAUGCGACACACGUUGGGGUCACGCCGGGUAACGUGGACACGCGCGGUGGAAACGUACGCGGAGUGAUGGACAGAUGUGGGUGACAUGCGGACAGACACAGGGUACACACGGACAACACGCGGAGUAACUGAGAAAUACACGCAGACAAAGAUCCCCCGUGUAGCCUUUAGCAUGCUGUUGGGGCAAGUGCUGUUAGCGAGUAGCACCUCUGAAGGCCGGCACGGCGCAUGAGGGGGUGGGUGGCCAGCACCACGUCUGGCCACCUUUGUUUACACAACGCCACGAGGUACUCAUUUGAGAGCGAGUCGACAUAGGAGAGGCCCAGGGCUGGUUCAGAUAUUUGCCAAGUGUUGGCUGCGAGCAGGAAUCUAACCUCGGGGCGCGCAGGGCUCAUCGUGCAGUGCGCCAACCGCUCCCACGUACACUGUACAGGACACACACACAACACACCACCUUCACGUCAACGGCCAAUAGCAGUAGAGCCAGCGGUGGAAAUUCCACGUUACUAUGCCGGGGACCAGUGCAUCAACAGGACAACCCCUGUUGAUUUCCCUCAAAGUGGUGCUACUCCUCCUAUCCACCCAGGGAAGGACGAUGGCUUUCACGUUGCAACGUCCUGCGUGUGAAGUUGCUCAUUGGGAGCUGUUAUGCAUACGCAUGUUGAGCCUGGAGAGCCUCACGGAGCCUCGCGGAGCCACGAGACUCCUUUGCAGGGGUGCGGAGGGUCCUGCCGCGUGUUCACAGUUUGGGGGGGGGGGGCGGAGGGGGGGUGGCGAUGCUGCUGUUGCUGCUCCGUGCAAUGCGAAUGCAGCGAUGUUUGCGGUGAUUAUUCAGCAAGUGGUGAUGAUUUGGUCGCCAUCCGUUGUCGUGUUGUUUGUGCGCGUGUGUGGUGUGUGUGGGGGUUGUCGCCAUGGGAUGAAACGAGAGAACGGAGGGGAGAGAGAGAGAAUGUGCACACUCAGAGCCGGGAGUCCAACCCAGGCUUCCUCCGUGGUGCCACCGACGAAGGUCACUUGAUUGUGUGUGGAACGGAGCGAGCCGCCGAUUCAUCACUGGCUUUUUGGAGUCCGGAUCGUGCCGGUAAAAAAAUAAAAAAAAAUGCGUGUGUAGUAGUACCCUCCUCCACCCGACAUGGCCGAUGUAGCAAGAUUGCCACGUCAAACAGACACUGCCAAUGUAUUGUUAGAGCCACGAGAGCCCACGGCCGUGCGACUGUGAUCAUGCGACCCGAACGAUGGACCGCACGGUGAACCCACCACGGUGGUCUGCGCUCCUUCGUGCUCGUACAUUGAACGCCUUUCGCGCAGCACGUGACCAACCGUGCUGAGCGGAGGUGCGGGGGAAUGACAAACUAGCACAGAAAAAGCAGUUCAACAGAAAUGAUUUUGCAAUCUGGAUGUGGAAAAGGGAAAGUGAUGGGCAGAGGAAAGCGAUUAAGGGAGCCCUUGACUGUGUGUGUGUGUGUGUGCGUGUUUAACUUAUUUCGCACGGUGCGUCACCAGCCGUGCUGAUUGGAGGUGCGGGGGAAGAGUGAUCCACAUAUAACGCGUGUCGCACCUCCGGUGAGCGCGGUUGGCUACGUACGGUGUGAAGGAAGUUCAGUUCAACGUACACACAACAAUUGGGUCCACACGGACGCUUAGCUGGAAGUUGCAACCAGCAUCGUCGGGCGAGUUACCGAAGCGAUCUGCCCCAAAGCAGUCAAUUGUGAAUCCAGUUAUAUUUAGCACAAUAGUCUCAGACAUAUGUUAUAUAUUACACACGUCGCUAUCUAAACAAAUUGUAUAAAACAAAUUUAAGAUAAAUACUGUGUACAUUGCAUAAGUCGUGUGUAUGUACAAUACCUGUAUAGGUAAAGAUUCAAGCCUCCGAGUUCUAGGUAUUUGGCCUACUCUUCCACGUUGGACAAACGUCUCGAAAAGGUGCGUGUGUAUGUACAUAUUGUUAGCCAGUCGUCUAAGUCGGUCAACCCGUGGCACCUGGGUCUGUUCUGUGACCUGCCAGCGAGCAUUCGACGCUUCAAGUGGCCUCAAAGUGCACUUGGCCUGGCACAAGCGCUGUGGCGAUAUCACCGCCACUUGGUGGUCACCGGCGGCUGUUGUCAUUGUUGGCAUAUUUGGGGGCACAGGUGGUGCCUCUGCCAAGUUCAGUCUGUCAACCCACGUGGCACCUACCUGGGUCUGUCCCGGGACCACCUCCUGCACCUAGCCUGGCACAGGAGUCAACUAAUGGCACUUACCUGGGUCUGUCCCGUGGAGCUCCUGGCAGCAGCAGCAGCAGCAGCGCCUUCCACACCGUGACAGCUUUCGAGGUGCACGUGGCCUGGCACAAAGCGUGGUGACGUCACCGCCACCAAGUGUGAAAAUGGCGGCUGCUGUUGUGCACAUAUACAUACAGACCGGGACUUCUACUUACGAACUUUCGACUUACAAACU